ACGCACUAUCCUACAGCUACCGACGCCCUAUCUAUCCAAACCGCCAUCUACCGCGAUACCAUACGAUACGUAUCAGUUGACCCCCAAAUCACAUGACUCUUGUCUUAGUCAUCAUCCCGAGCCCAAUCUGAUCAACCCCUUCUCCCCUUCUCCGCUCUAGUAUCUCCAUGUAACCUAUGAUACCUGACCGCCCUGCCCGCCCUACCCACAUACCCUACCGUACCCACACGCACACACGCGAAAAACACGUGCCAUGUUUCCCAAAGCCCAGGUUAUGGGCAGCCCAGCAUGCAAACGGAAGAGAAAUCGAGAGAAAAGCAAAGAAAGCCUCAUACGGUAUGAGAAGCAGAAGCAGGGGGAGGGGGAGGAGGAAAAGAAAAGAAAAAAAAGAUAUUGUAAUAAUGUCAAAUCAAAGAAAAGCGGCCGAGCGGGAUUGGAUUUAGUUAGGCCGGACUGGGAGGGGAAAGGAAGGGAAGGGAAGAGGAAAAAUAAGAUUUGGACAGCGCGUCGGGAUGUGGCGUUUGGGAAUUUGCAGUUGAGUGGUGGCUGGUGAUGGCAAGUGGGGAUGGCACCCGGUUUCACACUGUACGGGUAUUCUAGUUUAGCUUACGAUACCACAAGAAAGCCAAGAUAGACACUAGGAAUUUGAUGCUGUAGUAUUCAAUUACCGAGAAUACUUUGGUGGUCCGAUCUGCCAUGCUGGAUCAUCUCGAGGCCUCAUAUCACCAGGCUAUGAUACUUAUUAAUGAUUGUACUAUGCUUACACCCCUAGUAUACCCCAGAUAUGUACUGUAGACAGGAAAACCACCAGCAUAGCACCGACCCACAAUGAAAUGUGAUGAUAGGAAAGGGGAGGAAAAUAAAAAAAAACUUCAAAGAUCGACGAACCAACCCAGCCAGCCAACCCAGAAAGAUGACAAAAAGGAGAAAGAGAGAAAAUCGAGAAAAAUAGAAGAUAUAGGAGCGUUAUACCGUAGAUGGAUGUGGGUAGAAAAUGACUACUUUUAAAUGAUGAGGGAGUACAGGUAAUGAAUGCUAAAGGAAAAAGCGGAAGAAAAGCAAAGCUAUGGUACACAUGAAUUAGAAUCCACGAAAGGGAUCGUCAGCCCGGAAGAACUCGUCGUCAACGCUCCUCUUGCCAGCUUCGCUUCCACCAGCAUAGAAAUCACCGCUUCCCGACCAGUAGCUCUCCUGCCUGCUGCUUCUCCUGUCCCUCCUAAGGCGAUAAGAACUUGGCUUAUUGCCCAGGUACUCGUCCUCCUCGUCAAACUCGAAUUUCGGCUUCGGAUCAAUAAAUGCUUCCAUUCGUACAGUGCCAAUUGGUCCAGAUUCCCAUCCACCAAGAUUCGGCCCCGGGAGUCCAUGAUUUAAAGAGCUAUUUCCGCUCACGAGCCCGAUUCCACCGACACCCAUUGGCCCGGGCGGAUAGUAAUCUCCAUUUGAUGAGCCCCCAAUGGAAGAGUGCAGACUCGGGUUAUAUCCAUGACUUAUCGAGCGGUUUGUGCUUGAUCGAGUCGUAUUGCUGCGUUUGCGACUGUGGCCAGGGAAUCGGGGGAUGCUGGGUGGUUCUGCUAUACUGUCGGUUGUCAUGAGACCGUGGCGGUCAAUGUCCCGACGCAAGUUCCUCCCGAGACUGCUGCUUCCCGCGUACCCGUUCACUUCCGACUUACUAGCUUUUGAACGGCCCUUGCCCUUGGCUACCCGUAUCGAGUCUCGAAUAGGAUGGAAAGGUGGAUCGCGGUUCACGGGAACGGGAGGAAUGGGUGGCCGAGUCAGAGGCGGUGAUUGCGGCCGCUGCUGCUGCAUCUGAUCAUAUUCAAAUGGCAUAGGAGGCGGGAGGGCAAGCAAGCCUUCACUUUCAUGGGCAGAAUGGGACAGAAAGCUCAGGGCCGUCAGCCAAACAUAAUGCCUUUCCUU